GUUGGCAGCGCCGGGCGGGCCCGCGGCUGCCGCGGUCGGGUGAGCCCGGGCUGGGUGUGUGGGCGGCGCUGGCCGGACUCGGCUGCGGGGCCCGUCCCUGAGGCUGUGUGAGGGAGCGCUGAGCGCCUUCCCUCGGGGCUGGAACAAGGGGUUUUGCUGCCACGUUCAUUAGGAAGUCAUAUGAUGUCAGAAAAGUUGAUAUCACUCCCCUGGAGCAGAGGAAGGUGACUUUUGAUACCCAUGCUUUAGUGCAGGAUCUGGAAGCCCAUGGCUUUGGGAAGGAGCAAGCACAGACCAUCGUGUCGGCGUUGAUAACCCUGUCCAAUGUCAGCUUAGACACCGUCUAUAAGGACAUGGUUACACAGGCCCAGCAGGAAAUAACUUUACAGCAGAUAAUGGCACAUUUGGACUCCAUUCGAAAAGAUAUGGUCAUCCUGGAGAAAAGUGAAUUUGCAAACUUGAGAGCAGAGAACGAGAAAAUGAAAAUUGAAUUAGAUCAAGUUAAACAGCAGCUAAUGACUGAAACCGGCAAAAUCCGUGCUGACAGCAAGCUAGACAUAAACCUGGAGAGGAGCAGGGUGACAGAUAUGUUUACAGAUCAGGAGAGGAAACUGAUGGAAGCAACUACAGAGUUUCAUAAAAAAGAUGCAAAUACCAACAGCAUUAUCUCAGAAAUCAGUUAUAAAAUUGACACUGAAAUAGCUUCCUUAAAAACGCUCAUGGAAUCGAAUAAACUUGAUACCAUUCGCUAUUUGGCAGCUUCAGUGUUCACUUGCCUAGCAAUAGCACUGGGAUUUUACAGGUUCUGGAAAUAAAUCUACAUGGAAUGACUGCACUAAAUACAGACAGAAAAGGCCACCCAGGCAACACCAGUUUGACUAUCAUACUUGUGCUGUAGAUAACCUUGGAACCUUUUUGUUUUAUAAUAAAAAUGUUUUCUGAAUCUGUAACACUAAAGAACAAAAUUACUGGGGGGAAGUAGCCAAAUAGUAAAAUUUUAUUGUCUCCUGUUCAAUACUUUAUUUAUUUCAAAGUAUUUCUUAUGCUAUACCAGAAAGUUUCUUAAUAUCUUUUAGAAUUAAAUUUGUUUUCUUUCUGGAAAAUUCUCACUCUCAGCUUCUUUCAAAAUGGAAAUAUUAAACACUUUAUUUACCCUUGAAAUGGGAAUACAAUUUCCAAAUUAGUGUUCCCAGUAUGGGGAUGCUAAUACCAGACUUCAACAUAGCUAAUCUAAUCCAAGAAAAUUAAUUUAUCUUGAACAUAGGCUCAGGAUUUUGCCUUCAGUCUGUUCCUCACUUUUCUGAUGAAUUGUAGCUUAGCCUUUUGGGGUUUUUUCUACAUGUAAAAGCACACUCCAGGCCUUUACUAAGGAACCUCCUUGGUUUUUUUUCCUUGAAAACUGAUUUACAUGAAUGCAAAGUCUCAUGUACAAAAUGUCUUUAUAGAUUUAUUUUCUUUAGUAUCUUCUGCAAUUUCUGUAAGCCCAGAGAUCAAAAGAAUUAGAGAAUUUCUCUGUCUUUGCCUUUCCAAGAGGAAAUGCCUCCACUCCCAGCAGCUGUGUACAGCCCUGGGGCAGAUAAGUGCUCUUAACUUCCCCCCCAAGUAGCGCAGAGUAUUUCCAAGGAACCUGCACAUACUUUCUGGGCAUAGUAUCUGGCUCUUAAUAUAAUAAUCUCAGUGGUGCCAGUGAUCCUCCUCCCCACUCCUCCAGACUCUUCUGUAAUCCUGUGGGACACACUGACCCUCCUGACCACUCUGCCUUCUGCAAGGACUUGACAGCUCUGGCUGCAGAGUUGCAACACAGGUGGAUGCCUUCCAAACAUGAAGCAGUUCCAUCUUGUUGAGUACAAACGCAGAUGCUUGGUUUGAUUCUUUUAGUAAAAUAGUAUUUUUUGAAGUGUUUGUGGAUUAACUUUGAAGUAAGAAUAGGCCUUUUAUGUGCUAAGGACUAUGUAGUACUGACUAGUGGCAUUUUUUUUAUUGCUGUUUUAUUCUGUUUACAGUUGAACUUGCUGGUAUUCUGCCAAUUCUUAUAUUUUCUGCAUUAAAUUAUUUAUCAUCUUCAUUCAAGAAAAUAAAAUUAAUUUCCUAUA